CAUUGACACUUUAUGUUUUUGUUAUACUUGAAAUUUCGUAUUAUUCGUAAAAAAAAGAAAUUAUGAACUUAAGGAACGAUUAAACGAAAGAAAAGUUAAAAUUUUAUUGUUUUUGUGCGUGUUUACGUUCUAUAACUACAUUUUGGAAUGUGGUAAAAUGGAAAAUAAAUAAAAGUAACCUUUAACACUGAUGGUGACAAAGUUUAAGGAUCACAGGGUUGAGAUAAUUUAACAAUUUGUGUUUUUACAAAUCUGUUAUUUGUUCUAUAUAUUAUCUUAAAAUGAACUUAAUCCAAAGAACAGUUUUACGGACAGGAUUGGUGGCCAAUAUACAAAAAUGUCAGUUGUUUGGUACUUCAAGUAUAUUUCAACAGAAUCAAGCGGAAGGAAAAGCUAAGUCAACCAUAGAUAGCAAAGAUGUAAAUCACCAUGAAGGUCUCAUGAAGACCUGGUGGGAUGAACUCGGACCAAUCAAACCAUUGCACAGCAUGAAUUUAGUGAGAAUACCUUAUAUAAGAGAUGGUCUAGUCCCUUGUUCACCAGAGGAAAGAAAUGCAGCUCCAUUGCGUAAUAAAAAAAUUUUAGAUGUUGGCUGUGGUGGAGGGAUUCUUUCGGAGGCUUUGGCGAAAAUAGGAGCAACCGUAACAGGUAUAGAUGCUGGUAAAGAUUUAAUAGAGUUGGCCAUAGAGCACAGUAAAAUGAAUCCCAAACUCGAGAACAAUCUGCCUUCAUACAUCUGUACAAGUGUUGAGGACCAUUGUAAGGAACGUAAAAAUUACUAUGAUGCAGUUGUGGCUUCUGAAGUGAUAGAGCAUGUGAACAAUCAGGAAUUAUUUCUGAAGAGUUGCAUUGAAGCAGUCAAGCCCGGAGGAAAGAUAUUCAUCACAACACCAAACCGAUCAAGAGUGACUCAGUUCUUUGGUAUAUUUUUAGCUGAAUAUGUCUUCAAUCUUAUACCAAAAGGUACUCAUCAAUAUGAGAAAUUUUUAACAGUGCCUGAAUUGACAUUUUUAUUGGAAAGAAACAACUGUCAUGUAGAAUCGACAUGUGGCUUAAUUUAUCGACCAUUGUCUAAUAAAUGGGAGUUUACAACCUCACAGCUUCUCGUGUUUGCGCUUCAAGCUAGAAAGUUGGAUUGACAAAGACAAAAAGGUUGUUACGAUGACCACAGACAACGAUAUAUUAUAUUCCAUGCAAAUAUUUGUUGAUGGUAAUUCUUACCUAAAAAACUACACUACAAAGUGAUAAAUAAAAUUAGUUUAAAGUGUAUUUUA